CUCUCCGGGAGAGUCUAAACUACUCCGCUCCGGGUUUUCCGAUCGUCCAUCAGCGGGCUCCUCACAGCCUCUAGCAGGUUUUUACUCAACUCCUGUCCUGAUAUCACUCCGCUGGCAUGGUGGAGAAGAGGACCUGAUUGUUGUGAUGGUGGCAGGCGGCAGCCAGUGACUACAGACUUCCACCACUACUUCCAUAUCCGCGUCUUACGCCGUCUGGGUUACUCUAGUUGCCUCACAACCGGACUACCGAGGGCGCUUGUGCUCUUCCCCCAACUCAGCAACAUCUUCACCGGGAUUUCUUUCAAACCAAAACCAUAUGAGAUGCAAGUUCACUGGGAAACUCCGGAGCCCGUUCGGUUCAGGCAGCAAAACUUUUUCUCAAAGGACAACACCGUAAAACGGCGAGUGGACUGUUGCUGCUGCUGCCGCCGCUGCUCCUCUGCGGGACGGUCGGUGUGUGUAUGACCGCUGAGUGCCUGCUAUCGUUCAUACCUUCACGGUGUUGUUGUUUUUUUUUCUUCCAGCGGAGUUGUUGUUAGCAGCGUGGCAGCGGCUUUAUUGUUGAAUUCAGUUUGGGGCUUGCUCGACCCUCACUCCGGCUGGGUCUUAUUUGUGUUUGCGGGAACGUUUUGUUUUGAAACAGUGCCGAGGAGGGAAGACGAAACGGCCACAAGCGAGCCACCAACUAACCGUAUGACUGCUAGGCUCGCUGCCCUUUAAACCUUCCCCGGUUGUCGCUCACUUCAGCGGCUUCUGCCCGGUCGUACCUCCCGUCCGCUGCCCGGCUGCUUGGGACCUUUCACCGCGGAGGACCGAGAGGGAGAGGACACUAGGUGGUGGAGGUGGAGGUGGCCGGAGGAGGUGGAGGUGGCGGCGGUGGAGACAAGCUUGACGGGGAGAAAAGUUCUUCCAAAAUAGCAGCCACUCGGCCCAGUGAUGGGGGACUUCGCCUCCCCCGCUGCCGGACCCAACGGCAGUAUCUGCAUCAACAACAGCAUGAACCCGGCCGCCGGGAGCGUGGUGCCCGCCGGGGCGGUGGGCAUACCUAAGCACAGCACCGUGGUGGAGAGGCUGAGGCAGCGGAUAGAGGGCUGCCGGAGACACCACGUAAACUGCGAGAGCAGGUACCAGCAAGCCCACGCCGAGCAGCUGGAGAUAGAGCGGAGGGAGACGGUCAGCCUGUAUCAGCGGAGUCUGGAGCAGAGGGCCAAGAAGUCAGCCGGCGGAAGCGGCAGCAGCAAGCAGCCGCAGAGCAAGCAGCCAGAUCCGGACUCUGCCUCCUCCACGGAACAGAGGAAUAACACGCUCAUAGCGCUCCAGGAGACUGUGAAGAGGAAACUGGACAGCGCAAGGUCGCCCCUCAAUGGAGACCAGAACGGUAUCUGUGAUAAAGGCAGCUACUCACCGACAACCAAACGGGUGCGGAAAGAGGGCUCUGGUGGUUUGGACUCACUAACAGGCCUCCCCAACAACAACAAUAACAACAAUGUUCCACCCAUUUCUCCACUGCAUCACCAAAUGGACAUUAAGCCCUUGCUCGUAGGGCCGAACACUUCCACCGGAAACACUACAAACAGCAACGGCAACCACGUAGGCCGGGCGUCAGAUGAGCUGGGGAAAAAUGGUGGCAGCCAUCUUCCAGACAUUAAGUUGAACGGCCCAAUGGACUUGGAGGAUAGCUUCGGCCUCCUCAAAGACCUAAAACAGGAGCCUCUAGAUGACGCAGGUGGGAUGGAGUCGUCCGAUCCCCAGUCUCUGUCCAAUCAGAACAAGCUGUUCUCCGACAUCAACCUCAAUGACCAAGAGUGGCAGGAGCUGAUCGACGAGCUGGCCAACACCGUGCCAGAGGACGACAUGCACGACCUCUUCAACGAGGACUUUGAGGACAAGAAAGAGGCUGAGUUCGGCAGGCCGGCGAACAAUCAGACACCAGGCCCGCAGGAAGCAGCCGGGAAUACGACGGCAAGUGGAGGGGGGGCGGCACCAGCAGCGGCCCUGCCUCCUCCUCCUUCUCAGCCUCCACAGGGGGGCCCACAGGUUCCCAUGGGUUCACCACAGGUCCGACCAUCAUCGUCAGGCCCUCAGUUUGCCACCACUGCCAAUGGAACGCCUCCUCAGCAACCUUUGCAGCAGUCUCCAGCCGUUGCCAUGGCAUCAGGUUCCCCAUUACACAAUUGUGUGGCUCGCUCUCCUCAGACCCCAACCCAGGCUCAGACACAAGCAGUCUCCAGGCCUGGGAAUGGAUACAUGAUGAACCCAGGCCCGGGUGUUAGUCAAGCGGGCACGGGACCCACAGCAGCUGGGGUUCCCCCUGGAGGUCAGCCUGUAGGACCAGUAACGCCUGAACUUUCUCCAGCAGAGCAACUAAAAGCGAUGGCCGCUCAGCAACGUGCUAAACUGCUGCAGCAGAAGCAGCAGCAACAAGCAGCUAACUGGUCCCCAGCAGGCCCUCCAACCAGUCCCUAUAACUCUGGUCACUUUAACCAGGAGAAACCCAACAGCCCCAUGAUGUACCCACCACAAGCCUUUAACACACCACAGGGCCCUCUAGUGGCUGGCAUGGCCCCCAACAACGGGCCCAAAGCCCCCAUGAACAACUACCUCCCUCACAACCACAUGGGCAUGAUGGGCCAGCAGCAGCCAAACAGCAUCAGCCAGAACGCCCUGUCCAAGCAGCAGCAGCAACAGCAGCAGCAGACGGCAGCCAUGUUGUCCUAUAACAACACCAAACCGCUGAGUCACUUCAGUGGCAGCGGGGUGGAUCACAUAGGCCAGAGGAUGACCCCACCCAUGGGAGGAAACAGUCAGGUCAAGAACCCUAUGAUGCCUCCCUACAUGGGUGGUGGGGGAGGUGGGGGCCAGGGAGCGGGACCCGGGCAGACCCAAGGGCCUAUCCCGGGGCAGACGGCCCACCUGAGCGAGGAGCAGAAGAGGAUGUUGCUGAUGAAGCAGAAAGUAUUGAACCAGAACAUGCCCUACAGCACCAUGCAGCCUCACGGGCAGGAACAAGGUGUAGUGGGAAUGUCACGACCACCUGGCGCCAUCCCACCUCCGCACCCUGCAGGUGGCGUGGCCUCUGGAGUCGGGCCCAACCAGGGUUCGGGUCCACCUCCGGGCUACGUAGGUAACCAGCAGCAGGCAGCCAUGAUGAAACAGAUGAUGGCGAUGGAGCAGGAGAAGAGGGUGCAGAUGCACAUGAUGGAGCAGCAGAAGCAGCAGCUCUUCAGAGAGCAGAGGCAGCAGCAGCAACUACUGGCUGAACAGCUCCAACAGCAGCAGCAUCUCCCGAGACAGAUGGGCCAGGGCCAGAGGAAUCCCUACCCCCAAGUCAAUCAGUACCAAGGUACUCCUCAGGAUCUGGCAUCCAGGAGCCAGGCUCUCCAGAGCAUUCGGGCCGCCCGUCUUCUACAACAACAGCAGCAGAACCAGCAGCAGAUGGUCCAGAUGAGUUCUGUUCAGGGCCAGGGAGGCUCUGUUGGACCCCAAACUGACAUGGGCCUACCCUACGGCAACCAGGGGUCCAACCAGGGCUCCCUGUAUGGGCUCAACCCCUCCAUGAGCCAAAUGAUCCACCAGCAGCAGCACCAGAGCCAAAGCGUCCAAGCAACCAUGGGUCUUCCACCGCAGCACAACCCUGCCGGAGGGCCACCCCGGCAGGCAGGUGCAGGGCCUGGGGUAGGAGGAAUGCCCGGAGGCCCCGGAGGUGGAGGAGCUGGAGGGUAUGGAGGACAGGGGAUGUUAAUGAACUCCAUGGCACAGCAGCCCCUCAAAGGCCCUCCUAAUGCCAAAGCCCAGGCACAGAGACUGCAAAGCAUGCUGGGAGCAGGAGGAGGUGGCGGGGGAAUGGCGCCAGGUGGUUGGCCGCAGCAGCAAGGACAGAGUCUGCAGGCCAUGGGGGGAGGAGUUGGAAGGACUACAGGCGGAGGGGGAGGGGACAUGGUGGGGUUCAGCUCUGCCCAGGGCUAUGGGAUGCAGCCGGGUCAGCCCCCCAGAAUGGCUAAGCAACACUUUCAGGGUCCAGGCCAGGGGAUGAGCCAGGGGAUGGACCCCAGGGUGGGCAACCCGGCGGCAGGUAUGGGUGGCCCUAUGAUGGGCCCUCACAUGGGCGGGCAGCCCAGGACCAACCAGCCCCGGCCCAUGGUCAUGAACCAGGGGAUGAACCAGGGGGUAAUGGGCCAGGGGAUGACUGGCAUGGGGGGUUUCGGGCCAGGCCCUGGGGGGCCCGGAAUAGGGGCAGGGGGAGGAGGAGGUGGACCUUACGGACCAGGGGGAGUUGGGGUUGGAGGUCAGCCGCAAGGCUACCAGAGGACAGCCAAUCAGGAUAUGUCAUCCUAUGGAUAUGGGGGCGGGCCCUCAGGUGGAGGAGCCUUCGGAUUGGGCGAUGGCUCAGGGGCGGAGCUGGACUCAAGCGAUGGUUGGAUGGAGGAGUUUUUCCCGAGCCAAUAGCUAAUGGGGGGAACUGGAGACAAGUUUUUACUGGAUGAACUGAACAUUAAAGUAAGACAAAUGUUAAAACCUGAGAAAGUCAAAACAAAAAGGAGGAGGACAUGAUGUGGACUGGUGACCGGCAUGUUUUUGUUUUGUAAAACAUGAGCAAGGUUAUAAAUUAGUUCAUGUGUUAUGUUAUGUUGUGUGUGUGCGUGUGUGUGUGUGUGCGUGUGUGAUAGAGAGAGCGACCAUUAUGUCUCGUGCAUAUUAAUGAAAAACCAACAUAGAGAUUAAGAGGUGUAUUUCCAUUAGUUUCCCUUUUUUCUCCACGGAAUGAGUUUUUCUUGUGUUCCAGUGUUUGAAAGCGAGCCCCAUUUACACAGCGCUUUGAGCCAGAGCUUCAGCAGGGGCUGAUUGAACAUCGCAGGCUGAUGAAGGGGGAGGAAGACUUGUUCUCAAGACAGCAAUUUAUUUGUGUUUGUGUGUUUGUGCCACCCAGCUCAGUGCUUCAGAUCUCUCAACUGUGUGAGGAGCUGAAGGGAGUAGAAAGCACUCUCAACACUCCCAUUUCCUAUCUUAGAUUUGUGCCCUCCGUACACACUCGCGCACACACACAAAUCUGUCUCCCUCUCACGGUUCUCUUCACUUGAUCUCUCUUUCUCUCAUCCUCCUUCCCUCUCUCCUCCCGUCUUUCCCACCCUCUCUCCAGAGACUCGUUCCUCGCUCUCAACACUCCUUUCUCUGUUUAAAUUGUGAACAUCACAACAGAACAAAUGAUGUUCCUCCACCGCGCCACACGAGCGCACUCUGCCCUCUAGUGCUUUUGCUAGGCAACUGACGUGGGUGGCGUUUUUCGAGGUGGUGGGGGGUUCAUUUCCUGUGCAUGGCUGUGGAUGAUGGGCAUGUACAGUACAGUAAGACAAAGAGAUUUGAAUGCAGAGAAAGAGGGAGACAAGAGGCAGCUAAAGCAAGCACUUGGACUCAAAGGCUCAGACACACACACACACACACACACACACACAUAUAUAUAUAGACAAACCAACA